AGACUGAAGCAGUAGAAGUGAAGGAAUUCGCAGUUCGCAAGCGAUUUUUGCACCAAAGCGGUGUAUUUCCCUUCUUUGGACAUCAGAGCUCACUGUCCAUCGUGAUCGACCGCGUUAUUUUCACUCGUCCGCUUCCGUUCAGAACGGGUCUGGUAGCAUUUACCAGUGUUCGCGUAGAGCUGUGGAAAAGACCAAACCAGAAGAAAAGUGCAUGGCUCAGUGUCGAUUUGUUCGUGUUUUGUUUUCCACAUCAUUAGUACGUUAUCAGUGAGCCCCAUACACAACGACGGCGACCGAGCGAGGACGACAGGACGACAGGGCAGCCUGCUGGGCUCUGUGUGUGCGAGUGGUUUUCCUGCUGGCGCUUGCUAGUGUGCACCACUAGCCCCGUAGCAGCGUCAUCGUCAUUUUCGUCGUCCUAGUGCUGCCUGCCUGUGAUGGUCAAUCCUGCGAUAAAGCAAUCAGGGUCGUGCGCCGUGUAGCAUCGAACGAGGAUAACACAAAAAACAAACCAGCAGUGAGAAAGAAAGAAAGAUAGAGGAAAGUGCGAGAGUGUGCGGAGUACCGAAAAUAAUCGACAAAUCUUCCACGGGCAGCCCCAGGAGCACGGAGAGCAGCAGCCUACUAUCAGAAGGAAAAUGUAUAGUAAAAUGAAUGGAUAUCCUUCGUCAUCCUUUCGAUCAAGCAGUGGCCGCCUGUGGGGAAUGUCACAUUCGCUUCCAUCCGGAAUGGAUGCCGACUUUUCGUCCUACUCGCGGCCCCGCAUGUACGGCGACAUGCCGUCGAGCAGCACGUUCGGCGGUGGGAACCCGUCGACCCCGCACCAUCACCACAACCACCACCACCAGCAGCACCAGCAUCACAGCCAGCACCACCACCACACGUCCUCGUCCAGCACGAGCUCGCUGACCGGCAUGAACUUCGGUCCCGGCUCCUCUGGGCACGCCGGUACCAACCUGAUCGUCAACUAUCUGCCGCAGGACAUGACGGAGCGGGAGAUGUACGCGAUGUUCUCCGCCAUGGGCCCCAUCGAGAGCUGCCGACUGAUGAGAGAUCUAAAGCAGACUGGUUACAGCUAUGGCUUCGGCUUCGUCAACUAUAUGACGGAGGACGCGGCACAGCGGGCGAUCAAGUGUCUGAACGGCUACCCGGUGCGGAACAAGCGCCUAAAGGUGUCGUACGCUCGACCCCAAAGCGACGACAUCAAGGAGACGAACCUUUACAUCACCAACCUCCCGCGGACGAUCACCGAGGAGCAGCUGGACAUUAUCUUCGGCAAGUACGGUACCAUCGUGCAGAAGAACAUCCUGCGGGAUAAGCUGACCGGGCAGCCGCGUGGUGUGGCGUUCGUACGGUUUAACAAACGCGAGGAAGCUCAGGAAGCGAUAUCGGCCCUCAACAACGUAAUCCCGCAGGGUGGCACCCAGCCGCUGAUAGUGCGCGUCGCGGAGGACCACGGCCGGGCCAAGGCGGCCCUGUACGUACCCUCGUACAACUCUAUCGUGCACAACAAUAGAGGUAGAGUACGAAUGCGCAAUACUCCGUACUGAAUAAUCACCUUCUUCCGCCCUUCCACUACAAAACAAACAACCGUCAUAGAGACACACAUUAGAAACAAUCCUUCAUCUCCAUCUCCCACCAACCAUUUACACCACUACCCUCCGGCCCCUUUUUGUACUACUUCGUCCCCGGAAUGGACGAACUGCGAUGUUCUUGCUUGCCUUUUUUGUUAUGUUGCAUCGAGCACAGCCACCAUCAUCGCAUUCCGGAGGUUCUGUGCUGCAUAAUGUAGAGGAUGCCAAAGAAUUCGCAUCCAAACGUAGAAUUGGAAUUCGUUUAUUUUCAUCGCCUUCUUCUUUUUGCAAGAUUUAUUUAAUUUAUCUCGAAACAAAAAAAAAGAUAAACUAAUGAUUCUAGCGCCACGAUCAGUGUUCUAAUGAUCUGAUCCAAGGGCGAUUGUCACAUUUUCUUUAGCUUGACGACCGUUUGAAGAAAUUUUUCUUCUUUGUAUAGCUUAUCUUCUUAAUACAGAGGGUCUAAAUACGAACCCACGAUGCUUUUGGUUAAGGUUUAAUCAAUUUUAGACCCCCCCCCCCCCCCUGCUCUCAAAACAUCUAGAUCACAUAAACAUUAGCUAUUGGAACCUUGUUCAUGCUUGUUUCUGCGAUGUUAGAAAAUUUAUUCAAUUUCUGUUGUUACUGUGUCUCUUAAAUCCUCUCGGUUUUUCUUUUGUUCGUUAUAAAAUCCGUUUAAAUUGCUGUUUUAGUACUCUUUCAAUUUCAUUUUCCGACUUAUUUAUAGUAACGUUUAUUGAAUUGGAACAAAACCAUUGGUUGCAGAAAAAAACCUUUGCAUGAUAACAUAAUAUAAAAUAUGACACGUUCUCGAAAAGAAGGGUAUCCGCGCAAGUGAAGCGUGGGAAGAGACUGUACCGAAACAGGGGUUUACUGACCAUUGGGAGUGAGGCUUAUGUAUAGAGCAACAGCGUGUUAGUAGAUAAUGUUUAGCCCCCACGAUAUUCUCCUUCAAGUCGAGGACUAAAUUCGGGCGAUAAACCAUUUACAACGUACUUGAAUGAUAAUGGCGAACAUAUCAGGAGUAAGGAAGAGGUCUGAAAGGUUACUGUCAUCUGUAGGGUUUUAGGCCAUGGAUUGUAUGUAGAGAUCUCUCCCGAAAGCCUGCCGGGAUGCAGGGAUGGUCAACGAAAUUCGUGGAAUACUUCUGCACGAUUUUCUUUUGCUUUCUGCAAUUGAAGGAACAUUUGUGGCAUCUGUGAGAUUUUGUUUUACGUCUUAAUUUAGUUUCUUAACCGUUCGUUGGUUCAUAUGCCCGUGCUUUCCUUAAAACUGUUGACUACAUUAGAGGACUACUACAUGGGAAACUUCGUUUCAUCCCUAGUGAAAUGACAAACAAAAUGAUAUAGAGGUACAUCUACUGUAUGUAUAGUUUAACUGUGCGUAGAGGAUCGAUAUCUAAAAAGCAAAUUUAAAAAAAAAUGUAAAAUAUGUGUGU